AUGGUUCUGAGGAAUGAGUUAAGUUGCUUAUGGACUUUGGGUUUCUGUCUGGUAGCCGGUAAAUUGUCUUUCACUGUCCCAUCCAUAGAAGAUGAGAGUUUCAUAGAUGACUGUGUCGCCGCUCACAACGAAAUGCGUGGCCAAGUUCAGCCCCCCGCGGCCAACAUGAAAUACAUGACUUGGGAUGAAGGUUUAGCAAAGACAGCAAAAGCAUGGGCAAACAAGUGCAAAUUUGCCCACAACAGCUGUUUAAAAAAAUCAUAUAAAUGUCAUCCAACUUUUGAAUUUGUUGGAGAAAAUAUCUGGAAAGGUGGAUUACCUAUAUUUACACCAAAAGUUGCUAUUGUUGCUUGGUAUAGUGAAAAAAAUCUUUAUAAUUAUAGUAGUCUACAUUGUUCCAAAGUUUGUAGCCAUUAUACACAGAUAGCUUGGGCCAAUUCAUAUAAAGUUGGCUGUGCAAUUACAAAUUGUCCAAACCUUGGGAGAGAUAAAACUUCAAUAUUUGUAUGUGACUAUGGACCUGCAGGAAAUUAUAUAAAUACACAUCCUUAUAAAAGAGGAGCGCCCUGCUCUAUGUGUGGAGGAGAAACCUGCGAAAACAAGCUCUGCCGUAAGCAAAAAAGGGAAAAAAUAAUUGUAACAUUCUAUUUAGAAAGCAAAAACUUAGCUCUCCUCAAGUUUACAAAGUUGUGUGCAGGAUUUGACUGCUGCUAUAUGAUGACAUAA